CAUGCCUCCCGUUCCGGUUGCACUGAAGUGAAAGCGAGAAGACGACGACGACGACUACGAUGAUGAUGCUGCUGCGAGAUCUCGCUCGUAACGUCGGGACCGCGCACGCGCAGGUGGUUCCGAUCACGGUGUUCGUCGCCGUCCUGUGCCUCUGCUUGGUCGUCGGCCACUUGCUCGAGGAGAACCGAUGGAUGAACGAGUCCAUCACCGCCAUUUUGAUCGGUUUACUUAGCGGAGCUAUUAUCUUGGUCCUGAGCAAGGGAAAAAGUUCUCACAUUCUGAGGUUCAAUGAAGAACUGUUCUUCAUAUAUCUCCUUCCACCUAUAAUAUUCAAUGCUGGAUUUCAGGUCAAGAAGAAGCAGUUCUUCCAAAAUUUCUUCACCAUAAUGCUCUUUGGGGUGGUUGGCGUAUUUAUUUCAACCUUCAUAAUAACAGUUGGCAGCUGGUGGAUUUUCCCAAGGUUAAAUUUUAUUGGUCUGACUGCACGGGACUACCUUGCGGUUGGGACAAUAUUUUCGUCAACUGAUACAGUGUGCACACUCCAGGUUCUCCAUCAGGAUGAGACUCCUCUACUCUAUAGCAUAGUCUUUGGAGAAGGAGUGGUGAAUGAUGCAACAUCAGUGGUUCUCUUUAAUGCAGUGCAGAAGCUUGAUGUCACCAGACUUGACGGCAAAAAUGCCCUUCAUAUAGUUGGAGACUUUCUUUACUUAUUUACCGCCAGCACCGGUUUAGGGGUUAUUGCUGGACUUCUGACGUCAUUCUGCCUCAAAACGUUAUGUUUCGGAAGACAUUCAAGUGUGAGGGAGAUUGCAUUAAUGGUUCUAAUGGCGUACCUUUCUUACAUGUUAGCUGAGCUUUUGGAGUUAAGUGGGAUUCUGACUGUUUUCUUCUGUGGCAUUCUCAUGUCACACUAUGCAUGGCAUAAUGUGACCGAGAGCUCAAGAAUUACAACCAGGCACGUGUUUGCAAUGAUGUCCUUUGUUGCUGAAACAUUUAUAUUCCUCUAUGUGGGAAUGGAUGCUCUUGACAUCGAGAAGUGGAAGAUGACAAAGUUGAGUUUUGGGACUCUGAUAGGCAUCUACAGUACCUUACUUAUGCUUAUAUUGGUUGGGCGUGCUGCAUUUGUGUUCCCUCUAUCAGCUUUUUCCAAUUACAUUAAUAGACGUGCUGACAGGACAUCAACAAUUACGCUCAAGCAUCAGGUAGUAAUUUGGUGGGCCGGACUGAUGAGAGGGGCGGUUUCCAUUGCUCUGGCUUUUAAACAGUUCACAUAUUCUGGAGUCACAACUGAUCCUGUCAGCGCCACGAUGAUUACUAACACGAUAAUUGUCGUCCUCUUUAGUACACUGGUGUUUGGGUUUCUGACAAAGCCGCUGAUUCAUUGGUUGCUGCCACAUAGCGCAGCCAAUGGUCAGCAACCUCGAGAAGGAAAAAUGCCGAAAGAGGAUAUGACCGUGCCAUUGCUAUCCUUGGAAGAAUCUGCUGCCACCAACCUCCUCCGCGCAAAGGACAGUUUGUCCAUGUUGAUAGAGAGGCCAGUACACACCAUACAUUCCUACUGGAGGAAGUUCGAUGAUGCUUACAUGAGACCUAUAUUCGGCGGGCCAUCCCACAUCUCCUCUGCAUGUUAGUUACUGAAGAGGAGCAGCUAAUUACACCGGUUUCGGAUAUUUGAGCCCUGACGCCAGUAGAAUGACUGUUCACGGAUUAUGCACAACUCAUGCAUACGUCAAAGUGCACGCAUUUCAGCUGUUCAAGGUCACUUCUAGGUGUCCGAACUUGAGGGGGGAAACGGCUGGUAGACGGAGGAGCGCGCUCAAAGAAUCUCAAAUUCCUCUCUUCUGGCGAACACCUAUGAGAAAGAUGUUUUAUGACGAAUGUUCCUUGUUUAAUGCAAAACUUGUCG